UUAAACGUAGGCCAAUCAAUGCAAACCACUUACUUGCCCAAAAAAACACCCCUUCACUGAUCUUUGAGUCCACCUCACAAAAAUCAACCAUGGCAGCAGCAGCCAGAGUGAUAGCCAUCGCCGGCAACUCCACCGCCGCCGCGUCUUCCUGCUUGCUUAUCAAAACACCGUUCGCUUUACAACGCUGCAGCAACGGACUUAGAUUCAACAACGUCAGACGAUCAUCGAAAAGAUUGUUUUCUUGCAAUGCCAUUUAUAACCCUCAGGUUCAAAUCAAACGAGAAGGCCAACCCGAAACUCUCGACUAUAGAGUCUUCUUCGAAGAUAAUUCGGGCAAAAAGAUUUCUCCUUGGCAUGAUGUUCCAUUGCACUUGGGAGAUGGUGUUUUUAGCUUCAUUGUUGAGAUACCCAAAGAAUCAAGUGCUAAAAUGGAGGUUGCUACUGAUGAACUUUACACUCCCAUUAAACAGGAUACAAAAAAGGGCAAGCUUCGAUAUUACCCCUAUAAUAUAAAUUGGAAUUAUGGAUUGCUUCCACAAACAUGGGAAGACCCGUCUUUGGCAAACUCUGAAGUUGAAGGAGCAUUUGGUGAUAACGACCCUGUUGAUGUCGUUGAGAUCGGUGAAUCCCGGAGGAAAAUCGGUGACAUUUUGAAGGUUAAGCCCCUGGCUGCUUUAGCUAUGAUUGAUGAAGGGGAACUUGACUGGAAAAUAGUUGCCAUUUCAUUAGAUGAUCCAAGGGCUUCUCUUGUAAAUGACAUUGACGACGUCGAGAAACACUUCCCGGGGACUCUCACUGCUGUCAGGGAUUGGUUUAGGGACUACAAGAUCCCUGAUGGGAAACCAGCCAACAAAUUUGGCCUCGGCAACAAGGCGGCAAACAAGGAUUAUGCUCUUAAGGUUAUUACAGAGACCAACGAGUCUUGGGCUAAACUUGUCAAAAGAUCAAUUCCCGCCGGAGAGCUUUCGCUUGUAUGAAUGCUACCAGAAGCAUUAGAGCAGCAAUGCUUUCGAUUUCAAAUAAUCAUCCGAGUUUUCCCCCCUUUCGGGUCCUGAUAAUAGUACGAAUCGAUACCAAUGUACUUGUUUCUGCUUAUUAUUUGAGUAAAUUAGUGAACUCCUUGAACUUGGGAUUCAUGUUCAUAUGGUUGCUCUGGUGUGGAUUAAUAAGAAAAGGCGUACAUGGGAAUGACUUUCCUCUGCA